GGUUUUUUUUUUUAAAUACAAAGGGGACAUGACGUACGCCGAUAUUAAAAGCCUUAUAUGCAAAUAAUAAAGCAAUAGAAAAGGAUUUUUCAUUAAAGAAGUUAAUUUUAUUAAUUAGGGUAUGACGGACAUGGGCGAUACGAAAUAUACGUUAUUUUUUGUAUAAUUUCUUAUACACCAGUCAAUUUUCAAAAGGGUCUACUCAACUUUUAAGAAACCAGUUCUGUAAGUUGCUUAACAAAUGAAACAAACGAAAGGACAUUUCAGUUCCUUUGAAUUUGAAAUCUUUUGUCCUGGCAAUGGUCGACCUAAAUAUUAUUAUUGCGUAUUCUACUAGUGUAUUUUUUUGUUCGUAUAUUCGUAUAGGACGUGAGAAGGACGCCGGGACCGAGUAUUGCGCAAGGAAAGAGUGAGUGAGCGAGCGAGCGACCGAGCUCGAUGACUCAACUGAAUACUCGCAUGGAUGUCGUAAACGUAAUUCAAAAUAGGGUGACAUAAAGGGCCGGUACAGUUUGGUAUGGUAUAAAGGAAUAAGGAAGGAAGGAAACGGAGUGGCAGCAACACGCACGGCAAAGGGAAGGGUAGGGAAGAGAAGGGUAGGGGGGGCAGGGCAAGGGUCUCGGUCUCGAGGCGCAGCACGAGUGUCGGUUGUGUUAUGGAAGGGACGCGCGCACAAAACCACCUGGCGUCGCCCGCUCCCCCAUUCAAUCCAGUAUCGACCGGCUGCCAAGUUACAAUUUCACCACGGAUACAUACUAAUCGAAAUCGAAGUCCAAUAACUUUACUAAGUAUCGGGUACGAGUGCGGGCCGGGGUUCCCAAUUCAAUCGAAGGGAGCAUGCGAAUCAGUGAUUGUUUUAUUUUUUGACUAAUUGCCCGAUUAACAGUACAUGUUAUUUGCAAAAUAUGCAAUGUCUUUGUUUUUCGCGUUCGGCCCGAUAUUAUGGUCGUGCUACUACAUGUAAUAAGAAAAAAAAAACAGGAUAAAGUGUUUUAGUGCGAAGUUCCAUGGUAUGUAAGUAACGAGCGAAUCCAGUUAUUUUUUCAAAAAAAACAAAAACAAUAAUAUCAACAUUGUUAUGAAUACCCAAGAAUUUUCGACGAAUGGUAAGCGAUCCCGACGUCGCUAUUAACAACUAGACGGCAAACAUCGAAUCUAAUAUGAUGGAAAAUAUUGGAAAAAUGAUCGAACAUCAUCAUCAUCAUCAUCAUCAUCAGCAGCAGCGGCAGCAGCAGCAGCACGAGCAAACGGUCGAUUCUUGUUCGAGUGGCAUGGCGACGCAUGCGCACACGCACGCCGCGGUCAUAACAGCAGCAGGAGGAGGUGCAGGAGGCGGCAUGGAGACGCGGGUCGUCACGACGAUGAGGGUGCUGUCACGCGCCGUUCUCGAGCGUCGUGUUGUUAAACAAGAAGAAGAAACGGCGGCUGCCGAUGGCCCCCUUUCCGUCAUCGUGCAACCUCAAGACGAGUCCAGGGAGUCCGAACUCCUUAGCCCUAAAAUAUCACCAAACACGGUCAUGAUAGAUACCAGCGAGUAUCGUAAUCUUAAUCCCGAGCCCACUUACCAAACCCUUACGACGGUAAAUGGCAGUAGGAUGUCUCCAGCGGGUUAUAGUCCCAGUUCGUCAUAUGCGACUUUAACCCCGUUGCAGCCUUUGCCGCCCAUAUCCACAGUUUCUGAUAAAUUUGCCUACGGACAUGCAAGUAACGUUACCGGUUCUUUUACCGUCAUGCAAAAUAAUAGUAUCCAAAAUAUUGUCGGUUUAAACGCUAGCACUCCUUAUACCAUGAACAAUAUAGAACUGACCCCGCCACACAAUUAUUCAUCUCCUAGUAUAGGUAUGCAACAACAAUCUAGUCCAAUUAGUCCACAAAGUGCUUAUAGCCAGAAUGGUUUGCCUUCCCCGCAAAAAAGUAUGUCUCCUCAAGGCUACGAAUCGCCUUAUAGUGCCAGGCAAGGUGAAAUAGUGAGUCGAACAUUGAAUAGCCCUCAGCUGAGUCCGCCUGGCUCAGGCUCAUUAAACUCCCCAGAGGGUACUCUAGUGACAAAUUUUAGUGGGCAAACUACUUUGAACGGACUCGGGUUACAAAAUCAUCCGCCAACUCUAGUGCAAAUCGCGCCUCCUCAACGUGACUGUUCGCCUUCACCUCCUGUAGUGCAAUUACAACAAACCCCACCAGGUAAUCAACAUCAACAUAAUCAGCAACAAACAAUUCAAAUUAAAAAUGGAAGUCCAACGUCGAUCAGCGUUUCUUCGAUGGGAGCUGACGUUGAAGAAAUUAAUACUAAAGAAUUAGCACAGAGAAUCAGUGCCGAAUUAAAAAGGUACAGCAUUCCUCAGGCAAUAUUUGCCCAAAGAGUACUUUGUAGGUCGCAGGGGACUCUUUCUGACCUGUUAAGAAACCCGAAACCGUGGUCUAAGUUAAAAUCCGGACGAGAAACCUUUAGAAGGAUGUGGAAGUGGCUGCAGGAACCGGAAUUUCAAAGAAUGUCUGCAUUACGACUGGCAGCUGCGCAGAUACCACAACGAGGCAGCCAAACAGCUUGCAAACGGAAAGAAGAAACUACGGGGAACACCGAACCGAUGCCUACGCCGAAAAAACCUCGUUUAGUUUUUACCGACCUACAGAGGCGCACCCUACAGGCUAUUUUUAAGGAAACAAAAAGGCCGUCAAAAGAAAUGCAGGUGACGAUCGCGCGGCAGCUAGGCUUGGAGCCAACAACAGUUGGAAAUUUCUUUAUGAACGCGCGACGAAGAUCAAUGGAUAAAUGGAAAGACGAAGAUCCAAAAGCAACGAUAAUCCACCACCAACAAAUGUCUCCCGGUAUGGAAGAUGAUUUAGACCACGAUGGAGAUAUGGAUGGAGAGAUGGAUGAUCAGGAAGACGUGUUGUGACAUGCAUUCCGUGAUCGAAAUUUAUUAUUGCUGUGACCCAACCGUAUUUUUAUGAUGACCUCUUUUUAUUUACUCUAGAUGUGUAGGUUUACUAGACACCUUAACGUAUUUGACCUAUUCAAACACAAAUGAACGUUAUCAUCCAUUGCGAUAUUGAUGCCUACUAAAUAUCAUGACAAUCUUUUGCACGCUGUCUGUCGAACUGGUAUUAUUUUAUUGGCAUUUAGAGUCAGGAAGAUCAAGGGGUAAGAAGAUACGCUAAUUUUUUUUUCAUCACAUCAUAAAUAUAAUGUGCGUUUUCGGUAUUAUUAAUAUCAGGCUCACGGAUCUAUCAAAUAUUACGGGCAUAAACUUAAUUUUAAUCUCGUAAUAAUAUUAUUUAUUUUGUUAUAUCAUAAAUGUUUCAUUUUACUUUACAUUAACUACUAUUUUUUUCCAAUGAAUUGAUAAUAGUAUGUUUCUCAACUGUACAAACAUUAGAUUAUUACUAAAAAAACAUUACAUUCCUUGGAAAGGUUGUGGUUUUCUGAUAAAAUUUAAUUAAAUUUUAGUAACUACUUAAUUACUAAACUAAACCUUAAUAAAAGAGUUUUAAGAGUUCCAUUUAUUUAUA